UUAUUAUUAUUACUCGUAGUAGUGGAACUUGUUUCUUGUUUUCGUGUAAAAAAAUUAAAUUAAUUUAAUUAAAAUCAUAAUUAUAAUGAGUGAAGUGAGAAAUAAGCAUCGAUUCAAUGUUGAUAUCCCUGAAGAUUCCGAUGUGACAUACAAAAAGGGACAAACUCCAGCUUUGCUCAACGGAAUGAUGAUUGCAUGUGCCGAAUUCAUUGGCACUGCUGUCUUAGUUUUCCUGUCUUGUAUGGGCUGCACAAAGGGGAUGUUUGGGGAAAACAUUCCAGUUUUGCAAACAAGCCUUGCGAGUGGCCUGUCUGUUACGACGGCCAUUCAGAUGUUUAGCCACAUUUCGGGGGCCCAUGUGAACCCCGCCGUCACGCUUUGUGCCUUGAUUAUGGGCGAAAUUUCCUUAGCUUCGGUCCCGAUUUAUGUCGGUUCCCAAAUUGCGGGUUCUUUGACCGGCUAUGCACUUCUUAAGGCGGUAACGCCAGAUAAGCACUUGGAUGUUUCUUACGGUCAUUGCGUCACGUUGCCCCACGAUGAAAUAUCGCUUUUGCAAGCAUGUCUUGUGGAAUUUAUAGCAACGUUUAUUAUGGCAGUGGCAAUCUGCGCCUCGUGGGAUCCAAGGAAUUAUGCUAAAGGAGAUUCGGUUUCUUUGAGGAUCGGAAUCAUUGUCUUUCUCYUAAAUAUCACAGCUGGGCCUUAUACUGGGGCUAGUAUGAACCCUGCGAGGAGUUUUGGGCCGACUGUUUGGAAUUCAAAGUGGCACAGUCAUUGGGUUUAUUGGAUUGGACCGGUAUUAGGAGCAAGUCUCGCGGGUCAAUUUUACAAAAUGAUAUUUUUACGAAGCGAGAAAAAGAAGCGUUUGAAUUGUUAACAAUAAAAUACUUACCAUAAUUAAAUUGUUUAAACUUU